AUGUACAUAGCUAAGUUAUCAACUACAUACAAUUUUCAAUACGCUUUUAGCACAACGAACACACACGAUCAAUCCUAUGAAGAGCUACUUAGAAGGCGCAAGGAGGAGGAGCAAAGACUGAUUGAGCAACUUCGAUACAAACGAGCCUGCGUUCGCUUGGCCCCAACACUUCCAACGGAACGCGAAGUCCAAAGAAAAAUCAAACAACUCGUUCGGUUAAUUCUCCACAUUAUGAGAUCCAAUAAUUUAUCAAAUGAAUGCGCAGAGCUAUUUGGACAACGUCCAACUCUUUUCGCGAAGAGGGAAGCUACCUUGUACAAGUACAAGGUACAGAACCUACAAAUGAGGGCGCAAUGUACUAGAGAGAAAAUAAUAAGCACGGUGCAAGGAAUGGCCAUGAGCUACGAGGCAUACGGAUUCUUAAUACUAGCAAAAUCCGUCCCCGAGAGUUCAAGGACUGAUUUUUACGAUCAGGAAGUAGACGGUAUCUCACUCGAGCCGGCUUUCGUUAAUGAAUUCACCAAGAAAGAGCUCGAAUUCCUGGAUGAGCUUCAGAAAAGCAUCGAAACGGAAAUGCAUGAGGCGAUAAAACAGAUUGAAAAUGAAAACCACCAGAACAUCCACGUGGAAAUGUAG